CAUUUCUGGUCCAACAAGAUGAAAGAAGCUAUCAUGAACCAAGAGAAACUCGCCAAACUGCAGGCACAAGUGCGCAUUGGUGGGAAAGGAACUGCUCGCAGAAAGAAGAAGGUGGUUCAUAGAACAGCCACAGAAGAUGACAGAAAACGUCAGUUCUCUUUAAAGAAGUUAGGGGUGAACAAUAUCUCUGGUAUUGAAGAGGUGAAUAUGUUCACAAACCAAGGAACAGGGAUUCACUUUAACAACACUAAAGUUCAGGCAUCUCUGGCAGCAAACACUUGCACCAUUACAGGCCAUGCUGAGACAAAGCAGCUGACAGAAAUACUACCCAGCAUCUUAAUCCAGCUUGGCACAGACAGUCUGACCAGUUUAAGGAGACUGGCUGAAGCUCUGCCCAAACAAUCUGUGGAUGGAAAAGCACCACUUGCUACUGGAGAGGAUGAUAAUGAUGAAGUUCCAGAUCUUGUGGAGAAUUUUGAUGAGGCUUCCAAGAAUGAAGGAAACUGAAUUGAGUCAACUUCUGAAGAAGAUAAAUCUUGAAGAAGUUACUGGGAGCUGCUAUUUUAUAUUAUGACUGCUUUUUAAAAUUUUGUUUAUGGAUCUGAUAAAAUCUAGAUCUCUAAUAUUUUUAAGCCCAAGCCCCUGGACACUGCAGCUCUUUUCAGUUUU